UUCCUCUGACCAACCUGGCAACCCUGCACGUCGCCCACCUCCCCCUGUGCUAGCUCCUCAUGCUAACAGCCUCCUCACACAUACACAACCCUCUACACACUGUGUGUUCUUCACCCACUCCCACUGUGGAGAUGCAGGGACUCGUGGAAGUCAGUUCAAGUCAACGUCCUGGCUUUUAAUCCGCCAUGAAUCCGGGAUCAUCUGCAUCUGUCCUCUGCCGAUGUGGAACCGCGACUAAUCAUUUACCCGAGUGCAACACAAGUGCCAGUGAUGUCGAUAGAAACCGACCCGGACGUGGCGACAGAAGGGACUGUGCUCGAGAUCCGAGCAUAUCUGAGACUGAAUGGGAAAUAGUUUCAGUACAGAUUCAAACUGGGGAGGAGGAGAGUCAAGAAGCUCCUGAGGUCGCAGUUCAGACAAGAGAAGGAUUCACACUUUGUCCUGGUGACAAGGACGAUACCCCUGCAGCAGAAAAACCUGGAUCACCACACAAGAUUUGGAGGAAACAGCUCAGAACUCGAAUGCAUCUGUGCCAAAAGGCCAAGAAACACCGAAGUGGAGUUAAACCGUACAAAUGUGUUCACUGUCGGAAGCGGUUCACCUUUCAAAACCCUCUAAUCCUGCACCUACGAAGUCACUCGGUGAGGAAGCCGUUUGUCUGCCCGGUCUGUGGGAUGAACUUUUAUCUGAUGAGACACGUCAAGUCUCAUUUGACCAAACACACUUCAAAGACCAGCGUCAUGUCGAAGGUACAAGAGGAGGCAGAGACAGAAAACUCAGGAGAAGAAUGGGAUCCGACCAACUCUGAGCUGGAUCUCAGUUCACAUCAGUCACAAGACGCCACAUCAGAGAAAACGCUCCAGAGCAAGAGAGCUGCAGAGAUUAUUUACCAUGUUGAGCCGACUCCUACAAUACCGGCCCUGGAUCACAGCCCAGCACCUGAAGGACCAACUCCAGAACGGCUGGAAUCUGAGGAUGAACAGCCUCUGGAAAAUCCUUCAGUGGAGCCGAGACAAUACCAGGGGCCGCACAGACCCAAGAAGAAGGCCAACUGUCCCACCUGUGGAAAAGUCUUCCCUCACAACUCGGGUCUGAGGCGACACCUUGUGAUUCACUCGGGCAAAAAACCAUACAAGUGCUUCAUAUGUGGAAGAGGAUUCACCCAGAGUGGAAACCUCAAAACUCACAUGAAGGUCCACAAAGGAGAGGUAAAGAUUUGGUCAUUAGUUCGAGAGACUCUCCCGAAAGCCGCUCCUGUGACCGUUCAUGUGUGUGGAGAGUGUGGGAUGGAGUUCCCUCAGAAACAACAGCUGGAAGACCACAGAGACACUCACAAAAAGCCUUACGCAUGUCCUGACUGCACCAAGACAUUCAAAGACAAAUAUUAUUUAAAACAGCACAUGCGCACUCACGCCGUAGAGCCAACUUUUCUCUGUUCGGAGUGCGGAAAGAGCUGCAUCUCCGCAGGAUCUCUCCGAAAACACGAGUUGACGCACACUGGAGAGAAGAAUUUCCAGUGUGUCCAGUGUGGGAGGACAUUUGCACAAUCCUCCCACCUCAACGUGCACCUGAAAACUCACACCGGCGAGCGACCUCAUCUCUGCUCAAUCUGCGGCAAAAGCUACGCCAGGGAUUCGGCUCUGAAAGUUCACCUACGAGUUCACACCGGGGAGAAACCCUACACGUGUGAUAAGUGUGGCAAGUGCUUCCAUUACGAUCAAGGUUAUCGAAAGCAUCUGAAGAAUCACAACAAGAAGCCAAAGCCCCCGACAAAACCUCUGGGGAGACCGAAACAGCAACCGUUAGUGGUAAACGACUUUGGACCAGCUGUGAUCCUCGCGGAGGAAGAUCCCCAAGAAAUAGGAGGUCUGAUCAACUCCGACGGGGAGGAAGUCGAAUUCUCAGAUCUCGGAGAGAGUGCCGUCCCCGGUAUCGUACUUGCGGAGUCUCCCUCAAAGACAUUCGAUCUCACAGAGAAUGAAAAACCAGCGUCUCUUCACAGCUGCUCAGUGUGCGGCAAAGACUUUCCCUACGCCUCCAAACUUCAACGCCACCUACGCACUCACUCCGGAGAGAGGCCGUUCCCCUGCUCCAUGUGCGAGAAGAGAUUUCCAGAGAAGGGGCUGCUCAUGAUCCACGAAAGGGUCCACACGGGGGAGAAGCCGUUCCCAUGCACUUUCUGCGAGAAGCGGUUUGCGAGUCAGGGGGAGCUCCGGCUCCACCGGCGGACGCACACCGGCGAGAGGCCGUAUCACUGCUCCAUCUGCCUGAAGAGCUUCUCCCGUCACUGGCACCUGAAAACACACUUAGAGGCGAUGCACUCGGAGGUCGUCGCCGGCUUCAUCAGGAAGAAGUUUCCGUGUUCGGACUGCGACAAGAGCUGCAACUCAGCGGCCGAGCUGAGGGAUCAUCAGAGGACUCACACUGGAGAGAGGCCCUACCAGUGCUCUUUCUGCGACAAGCGUUUUGCCUUGUCCGGUACUCUGGUGAGACAUGAGCGUCUCCACACCGGCAUUACACCGUACCACUGCUCUGACUGUGGGAAGACAUUCGCGCAGCAGUGGACGCUGACAACACACAUGAGGACGCACACAGGAGAAAAACCCUACAGCUGCACACAGUGCGAGAAGUCGUUUGUGGCUCCCGGGGAGCUGCGGAGACACACCAGGAUUCACACCGGGGAGAAGCCGUACACCUGCAGCGACUGCGGCAGGCACUUCUCUCUGGCAGGAACUCUCAGAAACCACAAGCGCUCAUGUACACAGAACAAAAGUGAAUCCGAUACAGGCGUCGUCUCAGACCCAGGUCCAGCUCCAGUUGGUGAAUCGUCCCAGGAAGACCUGACCGACAACAUCAGUGCUGAGGUGUCAGACACACAGAGUUCACCCAGUUCAGCGGAGCCCUGUCCCCUGGAGAGUCUCAACCGUGACAAAGCAGCUCAGUGUGAAAAUACCCAGAGGGAACCAGAGGAGCAGCAGCAGGAGGAGGAGCAGCAGGAGGCGCAGCAGGAGGUGGCAGCGUGCAGUCCACAAAUGAAUGUAAUCGUGAAGGAGGAGGAAGAAGAGGAACCUUUGUGUGUAGAAGAAGCUCCUGAGCAGAUGUCUGGGAGUGAAGAUUGUACCAUGACAGAGGAAACCGAGGAGGAGGAGGAGGAGGAGGAUGAUGAGGAGGAGGAGGAGGAGGAGGAGGAGGAGCAGCAGCAGCAGGAGGAGGAGAAGGAGGAGGAGAGCAGCACAGAUAUCAGGAUUACAGUGAAAGAAGAAGAGGAACCUGAUAACAUGUCUGAAGAAGAUCCUGAUUGUGUUGCUAGCAGUGAAAAAGACAGUCCUCCAUCAUCACCAGUGCAGGAUCCUCUGACAAACAAUCAGACAAAGAGCUCUUACUGCUGUGGGCUCUGUGGAAGAGACUGUCACAAGAUGUCCGCGCUGCAGAUCCACAUGAGAAUCCACUCGGGAGAGAAACCUUUUCAGUGCUCUCUGUGUGGGAAGCAGUUCACCCAGAAAGGUCAACUCAAAGGUCACCAGAAAGUCCACACGGGGGAGAAACCUUUCUCCUGCCCGGACUGCGGGAAGAGCUUCGCCCAUUCGGGGGCCAUGAACAGACACCGACUCACGCACACGGGGGAGAGGCCUUACCACUGCUCCGUGUGCGACAGGAGCUUCAACCAGUCCGGCCGCUUGAGGGAGCACGAGAAAAUCCACUUCGGGGAGAAGUUCGACUGCCCCGAGUGUGAAAAGAGUUUCACGCGAGCGUCGAGCCUCAAGAACCAUUUCAGGCUCCACACGGGGGAGAGGCCCUACAGCUGCGACAUCUGUGGGAGAGGAUUCAGCCGCUCGCAGAGCCUGAGGCUGCACAAACGUAAACAUGAGCUGAUACAGACUGAGGAAGAGUCUGCGUCCAGUGUGAGGAACGAUGACUUCUCACAGAGCGACGAUAACUCUCCUAUUAAUAUGUGUAUAACGGACAAAAACGACUUGUAAUGUAUUUAUGUAAACCAUACAGGUACGUGCCAGUAGUACUAUGAAAGUACAGGAGUUCAGGCAGUUGAACAGGAACUGAGCGAGAAGUAACUACCUCUGUGUAUAGACAGUUAUUAAACAUAUAUGUGGUGUUUCACCCAAAAAGUAUUUAAGCUAAAACAUAUUUAACUCCCAGAAAAGACAAAUGAAGAAACGGACACAAAACAUGUUGAGGUUCAGCAGCAGGCGACAACGAUACAAUGAUGAUGUACCACAAAUACAACUCAAUACAA